AGGCGCAUUUCAGUUUUUGUGAGCGCCUGCGCCGGGUCGUUCGUGAUAAAAGAGCAUGCGUCCUGGGCUGCUCACUUUGGGUUUUCCUUCUAAAGGAAAAAAUGCGUGAUCUCGACGUAGACGAAACACAGGUUCUCGUCGCGUGUGUGCGAGUGUUUCAGUGUGUGUGUGUACAUAGAUCAUCGGUCCGAAAGCCGAUCAGUUCGAGCAGCAGUAGCUAUUUAGCCAUCCAACAGUAACAGAAGCAAUAGCAGUACAUUCCAAGCAAACGUGUGUUAAAAGAAAGUGUUGCUGCUGCGUGCAGGAGACACAUUUUUUGGCGAUCCAAUCUCAGUUUUACAUAGUGCACACACAGAUAUCUGCAACACGAAAAACACAAAGUAAUAUAACACGAGAUGCUGUGUGUAGGAAUCUCGAUCCAUCACUCAGCAUUGGCUUUGAUUGCUGGACAUUGAAGCAACUGUGGCUUGGUGGUAAUCGCGGUGGGAUUCCGACUGGAAUGGAUUGCUGCAUCUUGUCAAUCAGGUAGUGACGGAGGUGCCGGACUGUCGGAAAAGGAGGGGAUUUUUGGUGUGCGCCAGCGCCCAGUUGCAACGUGAAACGUACCAAGAAAGUCCCGGAACGGCCAGUUGAGUGAAAGCACCGACCGAGUAGAGUCCAACAGCGGACGGACGGGACGGACGGGGGGAAGGCGAACAAAUCUGACUGGAAGGGGUACCAUCGGACGGCGGUGACACCUUCCCGUGGCAGCCAGCGGCUAUAGCUCUGAACGCUUCAAAAGUGGAUUCCACCUCCUCUUCGGAUGUCAGCAGCAGCUGCGCGGAUUCUGAAUGCCGAAACGUCGGUCGAGCCGGGGGAGCUACCGCUUCUGCUCCCGCUCCCGCUGCUGCUCGAAGCGGCCACCGACCACUCCUAAGUCCUGGGAAUCGGCACCAAAACCCAGCAUCAGGAUUCCCAUCGUCCAACGUCCUCGUCAGUUUGCCGGAAAUUGUCGAAGUUGUGGCGGCUAACGCUGCGGCGGCCAACUCUUCCGUCAAGCAGCCAACGACUCCCGAGUCUCAGCAGCAGAUCGCCGCUUUAUUGCCGACCAUUCAAACGAUGUUUGCGAGAAACAAAGUUUCACGCAGUGGCAGUAGAACGAGAACCGCUGAUGCUUCACACGCUCCGUUCGUCGAUCCUGCGGCGGACUUACCGGAUUGUAUCUCAUUGGACCCGCUGAAUGAAGACUCACUAUUGGCCAAUUUGCUCUCCAGAUUCAAACGGGAUCACAUCUAUACCUACAUCGGCAAUAUUUUGCUAUCCAUAAACCCUUACAAACCCCUGGCACAGUACACGGAACAGGCGAUCGCCGACUACAAAUUACGCACUGUCGCCAUUUCUCAAUUACCACCACAUGUGUAUGCCCUUGCUGAUCACGCUUGGAGGUCGUUACGAGAUUUCUACAGCGACCAAGUCAUCGUCAUUACUGGCGAGAGUGGAUCGGGCAAGACAGAAGCGUCCAAGCUCAUCUUACAGUAUUUAGGAUUCGCCACCGGAAAGUCGAAAGAACUGGAAACCGUCCGCCAGCAACUUUUACUCUGCAAUCCCGUUCUAGAAGCGUUCGGCAACGCGAAAUCCAUUCACAAUGACAACUCGUCCCGUUUUGGGAAAUACAUUGAACUGGAGUUUGAUUACCGAGGAGAACCGGUUGGAGGACUCAUCACUCAUUAUUUAUUAGAAAAGUCCCGUGUAACAUCUCAGCACCCCGGUGAAAGGAAUUUUCACAUCUUUUUCCAGUUGCUAGCCGGUGCCGAUGUUCAACUUCUAAAAUCCCUGAAACUACAAAGAAACACGGAAAAUUAUCUCUACUUGCGGAACAAUCAUUCAAAUCCAUCCGUUUGGCAUCAAAGUGACAAGGACGAAUUCUUAAACACCAAGAAAGCCUUGGAAACGGUGGGAUUUUCGGCCGAUGAUAUUGUCAACAUAUUCCGGAUAGUGGCUGCCGUUCUAAAACUAGGAAACUUGAUUUUCACUCCGGUUAGCAACAUUGACGGAACUGAAGGAUGCAGUAUCAACAACGAAUACGAACUGGAAGAGGUUGCGACGCUGCUGAUGAUUUCGGUGGAAGAGCUCCGAAGUGCCUUGCUCUAUCGGACUUAUUCGGUCGGUUGUUCGGGAAUGGAUCCUCACAGCAGUGGCGGCGCCAAUUGCUUCUCGAGAGACUCCACUCUGCCAUCGACCAAUUCGCGCACAUUUAUCGGAAACAGUCACCAGCAACACCAGCAAAUGCUCCUACAGCAACAGCGCACCAGCCUUCUAUCCACUUCGGCAUCCAUGGUCGGGGCUUCCAUGGUCGGCAGAGAUAUGUACCAAAUGAUGGAUGGCUGUCACGGAUCAGAAGUCGGAAUGCAAGUAACUUUGGGUUCCAGAGUUUACCAGGACGCCAAGGACGACUUUGUCAUGACUGACUUGAGCGCGGCCGAGGCCACGACUGGACGCGAUGCGCUGUGCAAAGCCCUUUAUUAUCGCCUUUUCACUUGGAUCAUUAACAGCAUUAACGAGAGAAUCAAGGUCAAGCAGCACGGCAAACGGAGGAUCCUGAGCAUAUUGGACAUUUACGGCUUUGAAAAUCUGCCCACCAACGGGUUCGAGCAGCUCAUCAUCAAUUAUUGCAACGAAAAGUUGCAGCACUUCGUGACGGAAAUCAUCGUCAAAGAAGAACAAGAAGUUUACAUGCAGGAAGGCCUGGAAUGGAGUCCCAUUUUAUUUCCAGACAAUUUGGCGGUCUGCGAUUUGAUAGAAAAGCAUAACCUGGGUUUGCUGGUCAUAAUGGAUGAGGAGUGUCAGCGGCCGUGUAACGGUUCGGAAGAGACUUUCCUGAACAAAGUCGGCCAGGUAUUCCAGGACAAUAUCCAAGUCGAAGUAGCUUGGGGACUGCCGUCCAAGAGCAGCGAUUCGACGACCGUGAAUGCCUUUAGAUUGAAACACUACGCUGGAUGGGUGACGUAUAGCGUCAACGGCUUCCUGGAGAAGAACAGCGAUUUGCUCGUUCGCGGCCUUUCUCAAUCCAUGUACCAGUGCUCACACCCGAUCGUCAAGGAGCUGUUCCCCGAGGGCAACCCGCGCCGAACGACGCUACGGCGUCCGGCCACCUCGGGCACUCAGUUUAAAGUCGCCAUAAUAGCCCUGAUGAGAAGCCUCCGGUCCAAGAACCCGCAUUUUGUCCGUUGUAUCAAGCCGAACGCCUUCAAACAGCCUCAUCAUUUCGACGUGCAAACGAUCCAGAACCAACUUCGCUAUCUCGGUUUGCUGGAAUCGGCGCAAGUGAAGAGGAACGGCUACGCCUUCCGUCAGCCGUACGCCUGGUUCCUCCAGCGCUACAAGAUGUUGUCAACCGUCACCUGGCCACAUUGGGGUGGCGUCGCCAUCGAGGGCGUCGCUCGACUUCUCCGCGAUCUACCCAUUUCGGCCACCGAAUACGCGUUCGGACGGCGAAUGUUGUUUAUCAAAAACGAUUCCACGCUGAUGCAAUUGGAAGACUUUCGGAGGAUCCGGUUGGAUGACCUGGCCACCCUUAUUCAGAAGACAUUCCGUGCCUGGGCGACUCGUUGGCUUUUCCUCAAACGGCGACAAGCGCAAAUUAAAAUCGCCACUGCUUGGCGUCGUUACAAGGCUAAUGCUCCAUUACGGCGAAUGAGGUGGAGACUCUCCAGUGUGGCGCGGCGGGAAUAUUUGGAACUUCGCCAAAGGCGGCGUAUGGUUGAAGCUGUGCAGAUUAUCGAAAGAUCCUACAUUCAGUGGAAGAGGAAAAGGUAUUUGAAGCGGCUAGCCAUCCGGCUGCCUUCGACAUCGCCCAUUUGCCGGGAUUGGCCCACCGUGACGUUUUUCCUCCGCGACACCAAUCAGAUUCUCAAGAAACUUUAUCACAUUUGGAGAUGUUAUCGAUAUCGAAUGGGUUUCGAUCAAAUCGGUCGCAAUCGGAUGCGGGAAAAGGUGACGGCUAGUUUACUGUUCAGAAACCGUAAAGAGUCGUACGCGCGCAGUGUGGCUCAUCCGUUCCAGGGCGACUAUGUCCGCCUGCGCCAGAAUAGCCAAUGGCGCAAAUUGGUCAACGAAACGGCCGAUCAAUACAUCGUCUUUGCCGAUAUCGUCAGCAAAAUCACACGAUCUUCUGGCAGGCUGGUUCCAGUUUUGUUUGUCGUAUCGACCACUUCCAUGAUGAUCCUAGACCAGCGAACUCUCAACAUCAAAUACCGCGUUCCGGCGGCUGAUAUCGUCCGCAUCUCGCUCAGUCCAUUCCUCGACGACAUAGCCGUCUUCCACGUCAAAUCGUUUGAUUGCACUUCGCCGAGUGUACCCAAUCUUCAGACGGGCUGCUUGCAUUUCCAACAGUCGGCCGAAUCGUCGACCCUCUCGCCUUCCUUUGGCAGCAAGUGGAAAGGCGACCUGGUUCUGCAGACUUGCCACGUCAUUGAGCUCGUCACCAAAAUGUUUCUGGUCGUGCAAAACGCGGCCGGCAAAGCCCCCGAAGUCAACGUUCACACAGACUUCGAGGUGAGCGUCGGCCAUCAAGCGGUCGAGUUCUCUUUUCAUUGCACGGGACCCACGGAAGUCCAGCCGGGUCACGUGCGCAUCGUACGCCGCGGAUACCGACUCGAAGUGACUUUGUAAAAUCAUCCAGUAGGUUUUUUUUUCCUGCCCUCCGGUCGUGACUUGGCGUUCAUUUUUCCAAGUCAAAUUAUAAAAAAGGUUCGAAAGAAUUCCGAGUUCAUCUUUAGCUAAAAUUUAAAAUAAUGGGGAAAAAAAGAGAUUUAUAUAUGAUAAUUAUAUACAUAUAUAUAUUGAAAAUUUUAAAAAUAACUAGUAGCUAGUUAUCAAAAAGAAAAAAUUCAUUUCUCAAUCAUUGUUACAUUUGCUGCAAACCCAGUUUCGGUUUUGUUUUUUCCUCUAUUUUAAUUUUGUUGUGACAUUUUAUUAAAUUUUGGUUUUCGAAUUUUGUACCUUUUAAAAAAAAGUGCUAACUUAUUCUGCUGCCGUCUCCACUAUGUUGCCCCCGAUUUUUCAUCGUCGAUAUUUUUCAAAUCAACGAAUCUAAAGUGUGGCGGGGCCCGGGGAUUUAAACAAAAAUUUAACCAAAAGACGAAAAGAGUUUUUCAUAAGAAAAUUAAUUAUGAGUGGGUAUAGAAAGAGGAUAUUCCAAUAAUAUUUUAAAGAAAUUGAUCAAAUGAAUGUCGAAGAUUUUGGAUUC